AUGCCACUCUCUAAUUAUGGAAGACUUGCCCUGAGAUUCUCAAAGCAGGCGGAAUGUGCGGUCGCUGAGAUACCUACUUUUCUUUGCCCGUUACUUGCGCGAAAUUUGCAAUCCCCGAAGCUGGUAUACAAUCAACCGCGAAAGAGUGUUAGGAUACAGCGAAGAUAUGUCCAGUCGCAAGCUCAAACCCAGGUCCAAGAUACACCGGAAUCUUCUUCAGUUGCUUCAGCACAAGCUGUAGCAAGACUACCUUUACAAUGCGCCGGAUGCGGUGCAUUAUCACAGACGACAGUCGAGGAUGAAGCGGGCUAUUAUUCGUUGACAAGGAGAUCAGUUAAGGAGUUUCUGGGGACUUCACACUUGGCGAGACAUACAAAAACCACGGCAGAAGAUGAGAUAGUCAAAAAGGCGCUGGAAAAUGUCGAUAGUACGAUUCUCGAGACUUUGGGAAUGGAAACCCCUUCGUCCGCGACGACAUCCAUAGAACAGCCGGUAUGCGAUCGAUGUCACAAUCUCAAAAAUCACCAAACGGGCGUUUCUAUAUACCAUCCUUCCGUACAAGCACUUCAACAGACGAUCGACGAAUCUCCAUAUAAAUACAAUCAUAUCUAUCAUGUUAUAGAUGCCGCCGACUUCCCCAUGUCUUUCAUACCCGCCCUAAACAAGACAUUGAACCUAACGCCCCAGCGAUCCCAGAACCGUCGUUCGAGAACAGGAAGAUUCUAUGGUGAUAGGAAGAUGGAAGUCGAUUUUGUGAUUACCCGGUCGGAUCUUCUGGCUCCAACGAAAACGCUGGUUGAUGGGAUGAUGCCUUAUUUAACGAGUGUGUUGAGGGAUGCGUUAGGGAGAGCGGGAAAGGGGGUUCGCUUGGGGAAUGUUAGAUGUGUUAGUGCGGAAAGAGGGUGGUGGACGAAGAAGUUGAAGGAGGAUGUUUUUGAAAGGGGAGGGGGAAAUUGGAUGGUUGGGAAGGUUAAUGUGGGAAAGAGUCGGCUUUUCCAUGAGAUCUUUCCGAAGGGAAGGGGAGGAAAUGAGGUCAUUGUUGGAGAACCUCUUCCAGUGGAUGCCCUUGAAGAUAGAAGAGAGGCGAAGCAAACUACUGUCGGAGGAUCUCCGUCGAUAGGUACAAAUAUUGAUAACAAUAUUACUCGUGAGGCUGAUGUACCUAUGGGUACCUUCAAAGCGAUGGGGGUAGAAACAGAAAAGGCGGAUAAGGCAUUGUCAGAGAAUGAACUGCCUGAUGAUGAAUCGAAUGACACGAUGUCUCUUCUUCCCCCAGCACAACAGGAAACGCCGUAUCCAUCAAUGCCACUCGUGUCAUCUCUCCCUGGCACCACUGCAUCACCAAUUCGAGUUCCAUUUGGCAAUGGAAAGGGAGAACUCAUCGAUCUUCCCGGAAUAUCACGAGGUGAACUUGAGCUUCAUGUUCAGCCAGAAUAUCGAAAUCUGUUAGUAAUGAAAUCUCGGAUAAAGCCAGAGCAAAAAGUGAUGAAACCCGGCCAGUCAUUAGUAUUAGGCGGUGGUCUCAUUCGGAUCACACCCACAGAUCCAGAUAUCAUCAUGAUGGCUUAUGCUUUCACAUCAAUAAAACCUGAUGCUCAUCUAACGUCUACUGAGAAGGCCAUCCUUAUGCAAAGUAAAGGUAAAGAGCCAUUUAUUGAUAACAUUACAAUUGCUGGAAGCGAAGAGAAGAUCGCUUCGGCUGGUAUUUUCCCUCUAAAAUGGGAUGUCACGAAGGCGCGUUUGAAGUCAAGCUCCACUGUGUUGACUGAUAAAGGCAAAGUGGAUGAACUCCCAUUUCAAAUUCUUUCUACAGAUAUCUUAAUCGAGGGGUGUGGAUGGGUUGAGCUGGUUGCCCAGGUUAGCAAAAGACGUCUCAUGAAGACACACCCAGCCGAAAGUAAUACCGCAAACGAUAACACAUGGGGAUGGGGAGAUGAGGAGGAAGCAACGGACGAAAAAGCAUGGCCGUCAGUAGAAGUGUUUACUCCCGAGGGCAAAUUCAUCGCUGCUAGAAGACCUAUGAAUGCAUGGAUGCUCAAUGCGAAGCCGCAGACGAAAACUAAAGCUAGACCAAGGCGCAGCAUGAAAGGGUUUGAGAAGUCGAGGAAAGCUAGGGCGAGGGCAGCAGGGGCUUAA